GUAACAAUCGCCCUUGACUGCGGUGCUCGGUAAACAGUGUCAGAGUGGGAGCUCUUCCUCUCCACACACUCUCUCUCUCGGCCAGUGACGUCUCCCUCCCGCAGGCGGUCUGUGUCUGUCAGUGUCAGUGUCAGUGUGUUGCUGCUGCUGCUGCUGCUGUGCCGUCGGUAGCUGUGGUCGGGAGUUAGCCGCGGAGCUAACCUGCAGCCGAGCCGCGCGGAGCCGCCAAGCGAACCCCCGCACCUCCAUGCAUCCCCCGCGGCCGCGAUGGCAGCGACGGACCCGGUCUGAGUCGUAGCUCCUCCGCCAUGUAGCGCAGCGCCGCGGCUCUGUGUGUAGUCACCGUUAGCGUGAUUUAGCUUCCCCCACUCCCCUCCUCCUCACCCACCGGUAGCUAGCUUCUUUAUUUCUUAUCCCCCCCCCGUGUUGUCCGGGACGGACGGCGGCAGCUAGCCCGCCUCCCUCGCCCCUGCGGGAGGAUGCUGAAGCUGUUCGGAGCGCUGGUGAUCCUCGGACUGGCCCUGGCGUGCAUCACCUCCUGGGUGCUGGACAGCUACGACACGGCUUGGCACCCGAAGCGGAGCGUCCAGCACCCGGCGGCCGGCGACGGAGCCGGGUCCAAGGGGAGCUCUCCACCCUUUCCCGGCGGCGAGCUGGACGGUAUCUUCUGGUUUUUACAGGUGUCUGACAUUCACAUCAGCCGGUUCCACGACCCAAGGCGCAUUCCUGAUUUUGAGAAGUUCUGCACGGACACCGUCGAAGUGAUCCAGCCGGCUCUGGUGCUUGCAACAGGGGACCUGACGGACGCUAAAACAGAGAGCAAGGUGGGCUCCCUGCAGCACGAGGUGGAGUGGCAAGCCUACCACAACAUCCUGAAGAGGUCCCGGGUGAUGGAGCGCACGCGGUGGAUAGACAUCCGGGGAAAUCACGAUGCCUUCAACAUUAUGUCACUGGACAGCGUCAACAACUAUUACCGGAAAUACUCGGCUAAUCAGAAAGUCGGCUCUUUCCACUAUGUUCACAAAACUCCCUUCGGCAACUACUCCUUCGUCUGCGCGGAUGCCACCCUGACUCCAGGACCCAAGAGACCGUACAACUUCUUCGGUAUUCUCAACCAGACUCAGAUGGACUUGCUGGACACGUUCAGAGUUGAGAGUCUGGAAAGCAACCAGUCGAUCUGGUUUGGCCACUACACCACUUCCACUGUCGUCUCCCCGUCUCCAGGAGUCCGGGACAUAAUGAGAUCUGCAGUUGCAUAUCUCUGCGGCCACCUGCACACACUGGGCGGCCUGAUGCCUGUCCUCCACAGCCGACACCCUCAGGGCACCCUGGAGCUGGAGCUGGGCGACUGGAUGGACAACCGCAGGUACAGGGUUCUGGCCUUCGACCAUGACCUGCUGAGUUUCUCUGACUUGAAGUUUGAGCAGUGGCCUGCGGUGCUCAUCACCAACCCCAAGGACGCUCAGUACCUGCAUCCAGGAGUGGAGCCGCUGGGUCGGAUACGAAGAUCCACACACAUCAGGAUCUUGGCCUUCUCAGAGGCUUCAAUCACAGCGGUGCAUGUGAGCGUCGAUGGGGAACCUCUGGGGAAAGGCAGCUCUGCUGGAGGACCUCUGUAUGUGCUCCUGUGGGAUCCAUCUCUCUACCUCACUGGACUGCACACAAUCCGAGUUAAAGUGGAGGACUCGGCAGGCCGGUCGACGGAGCGGGAGCAGCACUUUACUCUGGAGGACGACCUGACUCCCAGCUUUGGCUUUGUGCAGUCCUUCAUCCUCCUCACAGACCACUACAUCCUGGCCCGAGCGGCCUUCAUAUUCAUGAUUCUGCUGAAUGUCGGUGUGCUGCUGGCCUUCAGGUUCCUCAGUGUUCCCUCUGGCAGAGGUUUGACGUCUCAAGCAUGUAUGUCUCUGCAUCUGGUCAGUAAAAUGGACUCUUUCUUCUACUCUCUGCUGCUGUUCAACCUGUGUACAGCCUUAGGUCCGUGGUUCGUAGGAGAAUUGAUAGACGGCCAUAUUGGCGCCUGCUUCGCCUUUGGGGUUUUCAUCGACGGACACUUCCUGGAGGGCAGCCUCACUUAUGUUGUUGGAGUGGUUCAAGACAAAACAAGCUGCUGUUCUUCAACAUGCCCCUCACCUCUUACCUCUGCUGGAGCCUCCACCACCGUUGCCGCGGCAACACCUUCCGAGCCCACCUCCUGCGGCCGGGCUGCCGCUGGCGGAGUCUGGUGGUCCACCUCUUCAUGCUGCUGCUGCUCACCUGGCAGGCCCACUCCUGCUACUUCCUCCUGGAGACCUAUGGCCUCAUGGCCUUUUUCCUGUCUCCUGUCCGCACGUGGGCGUUUGGGCUCAGUCUGCUAUUGGUGUACCGCGCCUGGACAGGCCCCGCCCCUUUCAUUCGUGACAAUAGCAAGAGCGUCUCUCCCUCUUGACAGUAAUUGCACUGUACCACCACCACCACGAUUUCCAUUGAGCCUGACUCACAGAUAUAUUUUCCAGUCUCUAUCCACCCUGAAAGCCUCAAUUUCCCCCACACGCCAGCCUCUUCCUUUCUUUCUCUCCUUCCAUAGCAUCAACCCAUCACUCACUACCCUGUUUCUAGAUAGUAUUUACUUGAUAUGCAUGUUAUUGUAAAGCACCGGUGAGCACAUUUCUGGCCAUAUUCAUAGCGAUGUGUACAGCGUUAAGAAACAAAAACACCCUGGAUAAGAAUUAAAUAGCCUAUUCGAGGACUAGUCCGACGAACGCUGCAGUUGACAGUGUACGAGCUGUAUCCUGCUAUGGUUAAAGCUGACUCACUUACUUGAGCUUUGGCACUUUUUGGAAGUGUUGCCUUGGCUGAAUGCCACCUCACCACUGCCAAAGGAUGAAUAAGAAAGAUUUCACCUUUUAUUCUCCCCCCUGAAAGCCGUUUUCAUUCGCUAAUGAAAGCUGCAUGUGCCAAACCAAUCCCUGUGUUUACCUCCCGACAAACAAAUCAAGUGGAUAAUAAAAGGUCUAUGCCUCAUUUUAUAUACUGUAAGCUUUCACUAAUGUCCCGUGGGCUGAUGGAAAAGUGGUAGUAACCUCGGUGGAAAUGAGGAACUGUAGACGAUGCAACCUAGACGACCAGAUUCUCAAGUUUAUUCUACAUUUAAUUACAGGAAAUGAAAGGAAGGAAAUUAUAAAUGGGUCGAGUACUGUUGCUGAUCUGUCAACGUGUUUUUAAACUUACAUGAAUUCCACUGCACACAACUGCCAAUGUAAAAACUUUGUAAUAUUCGCACUGGAAUAUUCAUAUCAAACACUUCGAUGCCACUUUUCAUCAUGACACAGAGACGCCGGCCUGACUCUUCAUGCUCCUUCAAACGUGACUACAGAAAGCAGCUGUUUGUUUCUCAGGAAUGCGAGCACUUGAACAAUAGGCUGGCCCCGGUAGUAUUUCAGGACAAUGUUUUUUAUACUCCAUAGUAGCUCAGUGAAAAAAAAUAUCCAGAUGUGUGGUGGCAAAAAAAAACUUGUAUUGUGGGAUUUCUUUAUUUUAUUUUCUCUCUCAUGUUAUAAAACUGCACUGGAAAUGGGCAUUUUUCACCUCCCUCCCGUCGAGUGUGGGCAGGAAGAUGCACGAGCGUUCCCUCUGCAUCGGACUUUAAAAUUACAGCUGUGUGUGUGAACACGAUUUGUUCCGAAUGUUGAUCCCUUUUUUGUGAAGGUACGAGAGCAUUGAACUGGGUUUGUGUCACACUAAUUCAGUCCUUUCUAGCCAGUAGUGGCAGGUGCCUGGAUUCCACAAGAACUAACUGAUCUAAAAAUGUACAGAAAUAGGGAGAAUACGUUAUUUAUCGAGUCCUUUCAUGGAAGCAAUGUUCCAGCGGCGUCAGAUCCUCGUAUAUUUUCCAAACCAUACCCAGUGUUGGUACAGAAUCGUUCCUCAGUGCUGUUAUAAAACAUGCGCUCUAAUAUUUAAACACCUGCCAGGCACUGAGAAAAAUAGAUUUAUGUGCAAUCGUGCUGGCAGUGGUUUAAUAACUUCUUUCCUCUCUGCAUCGACAGGUCUUACACGUUUGUACAGGAGCACCACUAAGUGUUUAAUUCCAGGAUGAAGACUGAUAUUUUAAAUGUAUUGACUUUUGUUAUUGGAGAUGUUGUCUCUUAGCAAAGCUCAGUAUCUCUCACAAGCUCUGUGACCUGUCCACAAGGAGGCAGUAUAGAAUGAAUACAGAGGGCAAUGAUUUAUUACUGGGCUGCAUUUCACUUCCAUCCCCAAAUUCUGCAUGAUUAGUUUUUUUCUUUUUGCAGAAAAUCACUCACCGAUUAUAGUUUAAUAUAAAUCUGGUGGUGAUUGUUUUGUACUGUGCAUCCAAUUAACAAAAAACAGACAUCAUUACAUGUCUGAGAAGGAAUACACUGUAAAAAUAAUGUACUGGUGUUCACUUAUUCUACGUCCCCCUCUUAUGUUCAAAUACUGACGCAUACGAAUGAAGAUGAUGAUUUUUUUCCCCGGCCAAAUAUUUUUUUUUCUCGUGACAACUGAACUUAGAGCCAGCCACAACUUUUAUUUUGUUAAUGGUUUAUAGUGCUGUGGAAUAAAAAUGUUCAUUACAGUAAAUCA